AUGGCUCUGGAGGUCGUCUCCGGCUGCGAAGAAGGCUUCCAAGGUGAAGGUUCCGAAGUUAGACAAGAAGAAGCGAGGAGGAAGAAGAGCUAUGCGAUCUGCAUCUACAAGGUGCUGCGUCAAGUCCACGUUGCCUCUCCUUCAGCGUCUAAGAAAGCCAUGAGUGGUCGCGGCAAAGGCGGUACAACUCGGGUCGAUGCGAAGACCAGUUCGUCACGCCAGGGACUCGUCGAUCGUGUACAUCGUCUGCUGCUCAAAGGCAACUAUGCUGAGUGCGUUGGUGCUGGUGACUCCGUGUACUUGGUCGCAGUCCUGGACUGCCUCGCUGCUGAGGUCCUGGAUUUUGCUAGCAAUGCUGCCCAUGACAACAGGGAGACCCGCAUCAUCCCCCGUCACUUGCAACUGGCCAUCCGCAACGACGGGGAGCUCCACCAGCCCUUGGGUGGUGUGACGAUUGCUCAGGGUGGUGUGUUGCGGAACAUCCAGUCGGUGCUUCUGCCAAAGAAGCAUGAUAAGGUGAAGGCCCAAGCUUCGCCAUACGAGUGCUCGAAGGUAAAGACCUGA